AUGUCAAGCCGAAAAAAAGGAAAAUCGGCCAAAGUAUCGAACGAUAGCCUCAAACAAACUUCGAUAAUGGCCGCAAUUAUGAAUAUGAGUGUUAAAAAGGAGGGAUUUAAGCCGAGUGUUAAAAAAGAGCAGUUUAAGCCGAAACUUACUGAUGAACCCAUUGAAAUUAGUUCUGAUGAAGAACCGCAAGUUCCUCUGGAAAAAAGCUCUUUAGUAAUAGAACCACUGAUUAAUAGUGAGAGCGACGAGGAGUUUCUGGAGCUCCUGAAGGAAAAUAAAAAGAGAGUGUUGAAUAAACGAAAGUGCAACAGCAAGAUUGUUUCAUCCACGCCGGUAAAACAAAUUGCAACUGAGAUAAAACCAGAAUUGUCCCUUAUAAAUGGUUGCAGUUCCAUAGACUCAUCCAAUGACUCUGAUAUCACACUCAUCUAUAACCCAACCACCCCAGACCAAACAGUCAAAAAGGUUAAUAAAAACCUUAUGGAUACAAGUGCAUUCAAAAAAGUUAAAUCCAUCCCGCAACCAGAUUCAAUAACCAAAAAACCAAUCAAUCUACUUCCACUAAACUUGUUUGUAGAUGUGCUGACUUCUGUACGAAAUGCCAGACAACACAAACCCCUGGUCAAAGAAGACUACGGUAUAAUUGAUACGUUUUUAGAUUUGAGUCAAGAUUAUAAGUUUGUAAUUUUUAAAAUUUUCGUGAGGAAGGACAAGUGGCAUAAUAUUUUCGAUUUUGUGAAGGCUAUAAAUUUGGAUUUAGACAAGGAAGGCAUCCAGUUGAUGUACGAGACUUUAGUAAGAAAAGGAAUACUAGACACUGAUAUCACUCAGGAUGACCUAUACUUGCUCCUUAACAACUUAAAAAGAGAACAAGUUCAGACACUCUAUGCUAAAUACAAACUGGGGCCUUCCGCCACAAAUAAAGAUAAAAUGAUCGAUAAUCUCAUAUUGAGCACCAAAAAGCAGGGUUGCCUGACGUUCGCGAAAUCCCCGGAAGCGAUUUUAAAAGAGAACAUUAAAAAAAUGAUGGUUUACUACGUGAAGUUGAAGAGCAACGUGUCAGAGGCGUUCGACAACUUCCACUUGCUCAACACGUUCGUCAACAAGGAGUUUUACAACAUUAGCGAUUUUUUCUUCACCGCGCCAAAUCUCGUUUUUCCUGAGGCGAAACUCGACGAAUGCGUGGUUUUCGCGACGAGAAAAGAUUUCUUGAAGUACUCGGAGGCAAGAAAGUUCGCCCACGAAAUGACCGAAUGCAAAGACCUGAACAUGUUGUACGAGACCGCCGAAACGGUGUACACCCAACUCCAGAUGAUACAGGAAAAUAUGGAAGUAAAAGUCGAAGUACCGAAUAGUAAUCCCUAUAUACAACGUUUUACAGCUAAACAUGUCUACAUAGGUGUUUUAUCUUACUGCGUUAAACGUUUAAUCACAAACUAUCCAAACGAAGUUUUGACUUGGUUAACUUUCCUCGUUGAAAAUUUCGGUGAAAAUCCACGCGUUGGGAAUUGGUAUUUAAAUUUGUCCUGGAUUAACACGCAAUACUUAAAACCUCCCAAUAAAGAUAGGGGCGCAGAGUUAUUGAUAGAGGCUCUUUCGAACAAGUCGAAAUUUUACUCUGAAAUCGUUUUGCACGAACUGGCUCAAAAGGCUAGAAAGUUGAUAUCCGCUAAAAAAGAUCGUCUAAGUGAGCGUCUAUUUGUCGAGUUGAAUGUGGUCCUUCCCACAGAUUUUGUCAAGUUUCCCACUACACCUCCUAUAAUAGCGACGUGCCUAAAAAGUAAUAAAUCCGGAAAAAAGAGGGACUACUUUAUGAACAACCUGGACGGUUCCCGAAAUUUCAUGGGGGUGGAAGAUGUAGCCCGGCGCCACUACAUCGAUAAUGAGUACUAUGAAGACGGUGCUCAUUGCGAAGGCUACCUAUUUCAAGCCACUUACUGCCUAUUUUUUUGGGACUUAAUCUACGAGCACCACGUCCCCGGCACGUUCAUCUCAAAGUACCAAACGGUACCGUUGGACUUCUACUCGAUUAAAUUCUACGAGAAUCGUAGAGACGUCAUCGACGAGAGACUAAAGCAAAUCGAGUCGGCGUGGACCGACGAGGAGGCCUUGGAUUUUCUGCUGAAAUCGUGGGAGAAAAACUCGCACAGGCACUCGUUUUGCAGUCUCGCGAGGAUCGUGGAAGAUCCCGACAUUUUAAGCACGAUUUUGCUGUGCGUUCCCAGGGGCGUGCUGGCAAAAAUUUACGCCCGGUUCGCGCAGAGUUUUGGCGAGUUCAAAAGCGGGAUGCCCGACUUGCUCAUGUGGGACACCGCUGGAAAAAGGCACAAAAUGGUGGAGGUUAAAGGUUAUGGGGAUAAACUUCAAACAAACCAGAAAGUCUGGAUUCAGCACCUUUUAACUUUUGGAGCAAAUGUGGAAGUUUGCCUUGUGAAUUCUCAGGCCAAAAAGAAGUGAACUGUGAUAAUCGUUACUGAAGAAUGUUAAAAUUAAGUUCUUAAAUAUUUUUAUAAUAAUUAUGUUAAAAUCAUAUGUUUUAUAA